AUGGUUCAAGUGACCAGAGGUCAUUACUAUAGUGAAACAUUACCUGCAAUGACCAGAGAUGACCUUCGAGAUGAUCACCGACCCAAGGACCACAUAGAUACUGAGACUGGACGACAGGCAAGGCGUGAGACUUCUUUUGGUUUUGAGGUUUGGUCCUCUGACUGGAAAAGAUGUUUCAACAGAUGUAUCAACAGAUGUGUCAACAGAACAGAAGUGUCAACAGAUGUGUCAACAUAUAUCUCAACAGUUGUGUCAUCAGAUGUGUCAACAGAUGUGUCAUCAGAUGUGUCAACAGAAGUGUCAACAGAUGUGUCAUCAGAUGUGUCAACAGAAGUGUCAACAGAUGUAAUAACAGAUGUAACAACAGAGGUGUCAUCAGAUUUGUCCUCAGAUAUGUCAACAGAUGUAUCAUCAGAUGUAUCAACAGAUAUGUCAACAGAUGUGUCAACAGAUACAUCAAUAGAUGUAUCAACAGAUGUGUCAACAGAUGUAUCAACAGAUGUGUCAACAGUUACAUCAAUAGAUGUAUCAACAAAUGUGUUAUCAGAUGUAUCAACAGAUGUGGCAACAGCUACAUCAAUAGAUGUAUCAACAGAUGUGUCAUCAGAUGUGUCAACAGAUGUAACAACAGAUGUAACAACAGAGGUGUCAUCAGAUUUGUCCUCAGAUAUGUCAACAGAUGUAUCAUCAGAUGUGUCAACAGAUGUAUCAACAGAUGUGUCAACAGUUACAUCAACAGAUGUGCCAACAGAUGUGUCAAUAGAUCAAAUGUCAUGGGUUUUGUCCAGGUAA